AUGAGAUUAAAAGCUUUGUUUCUGGUGGUGCUGCUAAAUGCAUCUCUCUGCAGUUUCGAUGCUCGGGAACUUAUCAGUAAAACGGCAUCGUUUGAUGAUUCAGAAACAAUGCUCCGUGAUCCUUUUUCCGGUGCAACUGGGAGUGAUGCGCUUGGUGCUGGUGCAAUCGGAGGUGGAAUGGAUGGCCCUACACUUGGGAACCUCUUGGGUGCGGGGCUCGGGGGUGGACCUGGUAUUGGAGGCGGGAUCAGGGCAGGCUUUGGAGUCGGAGGUGGCGGACUUGGGGGCACUGGCUUUACUAUUGGUGGUAGUCUAACCGGUGGAGGUGCCAAAGUUGGUGGUGGUUUCAGAGCUGGAUUGCCAUGA